AUGGUGCUUUACAAAGGACCGCGGCUGUUGGACUUUACAAAGACCCCUCCGCACCUUCAGUUCAACAAAUAUGUCCUGACAGGUUAUCGGCCAGUGUCCACAGCUCAAGAGUGCCUCAGGAGCGUCUUCUACAUGCACAAUGAGCUGGGGAACAUUUACACCCAUGGCAUCCCUUUUUUCCUUUUCUUGGUGCUAAUGCCUUUCAGCAUCCCCUGGAUGGAGGUGGACAGCGUCUGGAUCUGUGUGGUCCACUAUCUGGCCUGCCUCUGCCCCACCUUAGGCUCAGUGGUCUACCAUGUGUUCAUGAACCACGUGGGAGGAGAACAUGUGUACGACACCCUGCUCUCCCUUGACAUGUUCGGGGUCUGCCUGGUUAACACCCUGGGAGCACUUCCCAUCAUUCACAUCACCCUUCUUUGCUACCCAACCAUGCAACAGAUUGCCUUGCUGGCCUACAUCCUCCUGUCAGCCUACGGGAUCUACUGUGCCACCACGGCCCGCACUAAUGUGCUGCGCCUGCAAGCUUUCGUCUGGCAAGCUUUGUUCCGCUUCAGCCUCUUCCUGUUCCGGGUGUACGGCAGCGGGGUGGGAAGCCCAAACUCCCUGCGCCUCUUUGUCAUCAUGGACUCUCUGGCUGUGCUGGGAGGGCUGGUCAACAUCAUCCAGAUCCCAGAGCGCUUUAGCCCGGGUCUGUUUGACAACUGGGGUAACAGCCACCAGAUAAUGCAUGUCAUGGUUAUUUGCUCAAUAAUCUACCUGCACUGGGGCACACUGGAGGAUUUAGCCUGGAUUAAGACCUACCAGUGUCCUACAGAGUGAUGCCAAGUGCUUCAAAGUACACACACGCAUGCACUCGAGGCUACGCUGAUAGACAUGAGAUUUAGUAAUCACUAAGGCAGGAGGAAUGAAGUAUGAAAAAAAAGGAGAGAGGCAAGUUGAUUUGAAAUGCACUUUAGUCCUAGCUGCUGAAAUUCUUCAUAAGGGAAGUAUACAUUUGACAUUUUGCCAGAGAAGAAUAAGAGGAACUUACAGUGUUGUAACUGUGGAACUCAAAGAUUACUGUAUCGAAUUAAAUAUCCUGAGUAUACUUGAUUUUUAGAUUGUUGAAAUGCAGUAGUUUUGGGUCACAUUACCCACGACCAAACUAGUUUUUAAAUUGCUAAUUAAAUUAUUAUAUGCAAUUAAUUAUAUAUUUUUAUAUCUUGCGCCAACUUGUAUUUCAUUCAUGCAUGAUGAGAAGAGAUUUAUGAGACAAAGUGAAAUAACACGAGUGGUUGAAUGCUUCUCUUGUUUAAUUGCA